AUGAAGAAUUCCAAAUUUGAUUCAUUGAAGAACCCAUUAUCAAUUUUAACAAAAAUUGUCCAGUUUUGCGAAAGCAAAGACGUGUUUGAAUAUUUGAUUAAUGACCCAAGUAGUAUAAGAAUCAAAUCAUUGAUGAAGCAAGUAGCUCUUUCAAUAGCUAUUAUCUCAAAGAAAUACAAAGCGAUUGAUAUUUUGUUGGAACUUGGAGCAAACCUUAAUAAGUCUUUUGAUAUAAUUGGAUCAAGGGAUAUUUUAAACAAUAUUAAAUCAUUUGAUUUUCAGUGGUUUACAACUGAUGAAAGUGAUAGAUUUGUUUAUCCAUUUUUGCAGGCUUUAUUCAAUGAUGACGAAAAAAUGGUUCAAUAUCUUAUACAGAAAGGAUAUGACAUUCACCAAAGAUUUUCUAGAAAUUUGACAAUUCUCAUGAAGAUAAUCUCUUUAAAAAGGAUUAAGCACGUCAAAUACCUUCAAUUAAUGAUAAAUCGUGGAGUUGAUAUUGAAUUAAGAGAUGAUAAUAACUACACUGCACUAGAAAUUGCCAUUAUUAAGAAUGAUAUUGAAUCAAUAAAAUGUUUGAUUCAGAAUGGGAAGAAAUUAAAUUACUUUGAUAAAAAAGAAACAUUGGAGUCUCCAUUAACAGUCGCAUUAUGGGGAAAUAAUUUCCAAAUUGCUGAACUAUUAAUGAAACAUGGAGCAAAAGAUGUUUUGCCAUAUCAUGCAAUGGAAAACAGUAAUAUCCCUGCUUUGAGAUUUAUCUUUUCAAAAUUAUUGGAUGUCAAAACAUGGCGAAACAAUAUUAAUAUGACCGCAUUGAUGUGUGCUGCUGAAUGUGCACCGAGCACAGAUGUUCUCAAAGAACUAAUUAACUUGGGAGCUGAUGUCAAUGAAGAAGAUGAAGUUGGAACAACUCCCUAG